CUGGAUGCGGGGCCGCUGAUUAAUAAUGAGGGCUGUUUACUGAGCAGUCAGGGGAGAGCUUGGUAAACAGCAGCACAAGCCAAUGGCUGCUCAUUCCUGUCUGCUCUCUCCCUGGUGAUCUCAAGUGUUCCCUGUCUGGGCUGCCAUGGCCAGAAAAGCUCCAGGUUCCUGCACGUGACUCUUUCUGUAACUCUGCCUUGUCAGUUCCUGGGCCAGCGUCCUGCAGCCGGAGAUUCAUGGUAUUCUGACCCAUCCCCGGCCCUUGCAGAAAUAAGGCAGCGAUGUUUAUAACCGUUCUGUAUGGAGAUAACGAAGAGAUACUGUUUAAUAUCAACUGUAAAGUUCAACUCCUUCUGGAAAGUAUGAAGAACUCCUGUCACUAUGGAAACGAAGGAGACGUGGAACUAGCAGACGACAGCGGGCAGGUGAAGAAUCUCCUGGACAACCAGCAGCGAUAUGCUAAUGAGCUUCUCAGAGAGAGAGAGACCUGCGUCCUACUCGCAGUGACCAGACCGCCAGACUCCUCAGAUGUCAUAUUUACACCCUUACUGAAUGAUGAUACUAUUGUCAAUUCCAAAUUCCUGGCCAAGUUGGGAAACUGGGGAGAAUCAAAGGACUCCAGUCGUAAGACAAAAUCGCGAAAGUCUAACAAAAAAGCUACUGUAGUCAUUUCCACCUCUCCCGAAGCAACAGGAAAACAGAGCACUUCUUCCCGAAAAAAACCCGUAAAGCCAUAGCCAUCGGUACAUUCGCCUCUUCACGUACACUCGAAUCCUGGCUGCCUUUGUUCAGUUGGGGGUUUUUUUACCCCUUCAGAUAUAUGUUUAGAGAAGAGAUGGUUUGAACACAGUUUAUACAUAAAAAUAAAAUUGACUUGUCCAUUUAAAGUAUUUAGAAAGGACCUGCAGGAGAAAUAGGGGCUCCUGUCGACAUGUGGGUGGAGAAGGACAUAGAGGAACCUGAAGUGAGAUGGGCUUUAAAUGAUGUUGCAAUUUAAAGGUAGAUGGAGAACAAUGUAGGGGAUGUGAGUGCGGUGUUGAAUCAAACAAUUCGAAAGAAAGGUGUUGGAGAAUACAAACCGGGCAGGAGAGACGCGGUAGAGAAGUGAACACAGAGAAGGCUGAAGAGAGGUAGUGGAGAACACAAAGAUGCCAGAAGAGAAAUGGUGGACAAUACAAAGAGGUCAGAAGUGAGGUCGUGGGGAAUACAAAAAAAGGAUGAAGAGAAGGGGUGGAGAACGCACAGAGGCCAAAAGAGAGGAGGUGAAGAAUACACAGAAGCCAGAGGAGGGGUGGAGCACACAAAGCUGAAGAGUGGAGGUGAAGAGCACACACAGGACAGAAGAGUGAUGGUGGCAAACAACGAGUCUGGAUGAGAGGUGGUGAAGACACAGAGGCUAGGAGAGAGGUGUAGAACCUAACUAGUCCAGAAGAGAGGUGUAGAACAUAACUAGUCCAGAAGAGAGGUGUAGAACAUAACAAGUCCAGAAGAGAGGUGUAGAACAUAACAAGUCCAGAAGAGAGGUGUAGAACAUAACAAGUCCAGAAGAGAGGUAUAGAACAUAACAAGUCCAGAAGAGAGGUGUAGAACAUAACAAGUCCAGAAGAGAGGUGUAGAACCUAACUAGUCCAGAAGAGAAGUGUAGAACAUAACUAGUCCAUAAGAGAGGUGUAGAACAUAACAAGUCCAGAAAGAGAGGUGGUGGAGAACACAUAGAAGGCUGAAUAAAAGUUGUGGAGAUCAGAGGCCAGAAGAGAGGAGAUGGAGAAUACAAAGAGGAGAGAGAAGGGGUGGAGAACACAAAGAAAGCUGAAGAUAGAUGGUGGAUAACACAAAGAGGUCAAAGAAGAGGUAUUGGAGAAUACAAAGAAGUAAAAAGAGAAGUGGUGUAGAACACAAAUAGAUCAGGAGUGAUAAUUCAUGAAGGGUUGGAGAGAUGUUAAGUACAUCUAGAAGGAUCUAGACAUUUUAGUACAGAAAGGAACAGAGAAAGAUGUGGAGAACAGAGGCGAGUAGAGGAGAACAUGGAAGUAUUAGAGGAGAAUAGGAGGGAUGUAGAAAUGGAACUACAGUAAGAGAAGGAUCUACUGCAGCUUACAGAUGAUUGUAGAAGUGUCAGAAGAGAGGAGAGAAGAAGGAAUAUAAAGAUGAAGUGUACUGAAAAGGAUCUAGAAAUAAGAGAGGUGAAUAGUAAUAAGGUCCAUAUGACAGGUGGGUGGAGAUUAUGAGCAUCUUAUUAAAGCAGUAGGCCUACUGUAUGUGCAGGAAUAAUGCUUGUCCUCCAGGGAAAGAAAAAAACAACGUAAUGACCCCCUGUUGCUUUGUAGGACCUGUCCUCCUCUUGUGCUUCUCUGGUGGGCAAUCCUCUUGCAGUCCCAAUUCUCAAGCAUGAUCUAAUGCACAGGUUCUCAAACUCGGUCCUCAGGACCCCACACAGUGCAUGUUUUGCAGGUCUCACAGAAUCACAAGUGAAAUCAUUUGCUCCACCUGUGGACCUUUUAAAAUGUGUCAGUGAAUAAUGAAUACACCUGUGCACUUGCUGGGUUACCUGCAAAAUAUGCACUGUGUGGGGUCCUGAGGACCGAGUUUGAGAACCACAGAUCUAAUGUAUUAACUAUAUCACCCGUAGUGCUGUAGAAAAACUAGUGCUGCUUGUUUCGAAAAUAAAGGCAAAAGGAAGGUUACUAUGAGAAACACAGCCCUUCCCUCACCAUCUCCUGCGGAACAGUAUUCACAAUUGUCACACAUUAUGUCCAGAGGUGAAAGGACGGGUCCAUUUGUAAACAUCCUAUUACCAUGGCAGGUCAAUUAAACAACUUUUUUUUUGACAAUGAA